GCAGAGAAGCUGAUUGAGUUGAUUUUGGAGCUUCAAGAUGAGCAACAGCUGCAGAAGCCAGAAUCAUGUGUUGAAUCCAAGUCUGCAAGCACAACACAUAUACCUGCUAGUUCAACAAUGCCCUUCAAUCAUGGUUCAUCAAACAGAAAGGACAAGACAGAAUGCAUUGUUGCUGAUAGCAGUACAGAUGAUUCUAUCUUGGAUGUUGAUGAAAUGUUAGCAGGUGGUGAUCUGAAGCUGUCAGCUGGCAAGGUGGAGCCCAGGACAGAUGAGAGGAAUGAAAGUGGAGAUAAUCAAGAGUCAAAUGCGACUAGUGCAAAGGAGCAGCACCUGGACUCGGGCAAGCAAAAGAUGAUGCAGCUGCUGAAGCCUCCCAAGCGGGGAGUGGCAGGGAAGAGGAGGAAAUCUGAGGCCCCUCCUCAGCCCCUACUUGAGAGCCCCAACAUGAAAAAGAGAAAGACUCGCAGGAGUGCUGUGCUUGAGAACAAAAAGAUGGCAACCAUCUCACGCAGCCACCACAAUGUUUGCAACCAGGGUCCAGUGGAGGCACCAGUGGAAUGUGGUCACUCCAUGUUGCUCCCUUGCUUGACGGAGCUGCAAGAGGAAGUCCAGGGCAAAGCUGAUAUAUAUGCCGUUGAACCUGUGUCAGUGGGUCCAUCUGAACCCGAUGCCUCUGAUAUCAAGACUCAAGAAAGCUCAAGUGAAUCAAUAAGCAAUUUACCUAGCAAGCCAACCUCUUCCACUACAUUAGUUGAUGAAGUGAAUUUGAAGCGCACCCGUUCUAGAAAAUUAGUUCAGAAUUCGACUACAACUACCAAAAUAUUGUCUUCCACGCCUGGUAAGUCUAAUGUUGCACCCCGCGCUACUCGGUCAUCUCUUAGUUCCAGCCUUCAAACGGUUAACGAUGCAAGUCCUCGUGCCAAUACUCCUGAAUCAAAGGGGACCAAGUCCUAUAAUUUGAAGUCAGGUGCAACACUGGAUGCUAUCGUUGGAACUUCUGAAGUUACUGGGAGGCUCAGCUCUGAUGAUGGAUCUCACAAGACAACAGAAACUAAACUUUUGAUGAAAAAAGUUGUUACAACACCCAAGAGGUCUAGAUCAUCUAGAUUGAGUUUUUCUAAGGUCUCAACAGUUCCAGAUCUAUCUACUAAAAACUCGUGCUCCGCUGGAAGCUCUGACGCUGAAUUAGAAGUAAAUGAGUCAAGUUGCUCAGGAUCUUCGUCCACUACGUUCCACUCCUCUAAAACCACUCUUUCAACUUCAGAUUCAUUUGCUAUAAAGUCAGACCCUGAAGUACAUGGAGCAAGUGGAACUUCUGAAGUUACUGAAUCAGAUGCAGUCGAUAGCACUACAGAAGAAACUGGAGCCACAAAAGCCCCUAGCAAUGCUGCUCUCCGUGCGUCCAGAUUCGAAUCGACCCAAGCCCGGCGUCUGUCUGAGGCAAGACGCUUGUCGUCUCCUCGUGUCGCGCGGGUUGAGCCCACUUUUGCCAAGCCUGUCUUUGCCAUUGGUCGAACUCUUGCUAAAGGCCCUGAAAAUGCACCCCAACAUAAUGACGGCAACAAGAGCAGCGCCAUCCCUCGCUUCAUGGCCUAUGCUCAGAAGGUCACCAAAAUGCCUAAUUUCAAACGCAUCCACGAGAAGGCUUUCAGCAGCAUGCAGACCAUUGACGAUUUUGUGGCGAAGAAGAAGAAACUGGGCGACUCCGUGUCUAAACGAGUGCAAGCGCCUGCGCCGUUUGUGCCGAGCGUCACGGCCGUCAGCCAAGUGAAGCUAAACUUCUCAGAGAAACCUCAGGGACCAAACUCGCCAGUGGUCCAGUUCGGUGGAUCAGACGAAUCUGUCCCUGGAGCCCCGGGCCCUGAAGCUCCUGCUGCGGCAGCGGCUGUUAAAGCCGAGGCUGGUACUGCUAAUACUGCGGCCGGCACUGCUGAGGCUGUGGUCGGCACUGCUGAGGCUGCGGUCGGCACUGCUGAGGCUGCGGUCGGCACUACUAAGGCUGCUACUGGGCCUGCUAUGGCUGCUGCCGGCGCUGCUGAAGGAGCUCGUCCAUCCACUGCUGUAAAAUCGUACUCUUCUAGAAGAUUGACUUCUCUGAAGGAAAAUUUGAAGCCUGCAACAACGCCCCGUGCUUCUGUCCUGCCAACCUGGGGAGCGGGCCCCGGUCGGCGCUCGAGUGCUGUCCCGGUGACACCUGCCAGUCUCCUAAAGGCCGACAACAAACUCUCGUCGGUCAAGAGAAACAAGUCAGCAACUGUCACUAAAAAAUAUGGUACGAAGGACCGUCAAACUGAUAACGUGCACCGGCCUGUCAGUGUCAGCAAGAGCGCUCCAUGGGAAAGAAGUCAGAAACCAGACAUUAAGACAUCUGGAAGGAAGCUCAGCGUCAACAGAACUGUGAGCGCAGACUCAACAAAAGAUGACGUCAAGAAACAGGCGGUUGGUGCCAGUAAGCUGCCUCGUUUUCAAUUCACUGGUGGAGCGCCAGCGUCACAGAGCAUCAAGUUGCUGGCAAGCAAGAACCCUCCUGUUAUGUCAAGGGCGGACAGACGUGCCAAGGACCAGGAGUUCAUAAAAGGCGUGCGCACCAACAAGCGCUUCCGCCUGCAGAUGGAGCGUCGGGGCAUUGACAUUUGAGGCGUUGCAUUCCUGCUUUGAAGAAAGCCUGCACUGCUUACAGGGCUUGUAUCUUGUCUACGAUACUUGGCUGUCCUCAGUUUAUUUCUUCUCGCUUCAAAAUUGCCAGCUCACGAAUGUCACUAAUUUCUCCAAAACAUUACCAUUUCACAGUUGCUAUUGUAUUCUCUGAAACUAACUUAUUUAGGUAACUUCAGAACAAGGAAACGCCACCAAUGAACUGCGUCUUUUAAAUAUGUUUUUCAUUAUUACAAAUUGAUUUGUUUCCCGUUUCAUAUAUUAUCGCCUACAUGGUGGAAUUCAUGCUUAGCUUACGAUUCACUGAUAUUGAAGCCGCUCAUUGAAGAGUACCUUGUUAAAUUUCGAAUCCUGAAAUAAUCAAAGUGAUUGAGUUUGAAAAACUGGUUCCAAUAUUCUAAUGAGAAUUGAUCGUAAAAGUUUCACCUUAUUUCACCCAUGUGUUCUGUUCGCUCCAUCUUGAAGAUUGUGAUCGGAGGAGAAUGCGUUUCAUCAGUUCAAAACUCGUUCUGCGUGUACUUUUGUUUGCUUCAUUUUUUUUUAUUGGUAGUGGAUUUGAACUGUAAUUUUUUUUUUACGCAAACAUCUCGUAGUCUUCUUCAUUGUGGCAAACAAAAUCAUUGUUUUCUUCGUAAUAUCCUGAGUAAUCACUGCUAAUAUACUAAUAAAAGUCAUCCAAUUAUAUAAAAAUGUAUUAUGACAUUCUGACUUUAUUGGCCGUUAUUUUUUCGUGCUGAUUUUGAGGAGUGAUGUCUUGGCGCGGUGAUAGGUUAACCUUUACUGCAAGGAUUUGUUACGUUCGCGCGAAGCAUAAUAUUCGAAGCUCCUUCGCUGUUUUUUUUGCACUUGUUAUUAUUUGUCUUCUGUUCGUUACUUUAGUGCAUGGUAGUUUAUAUGUUUUAUAUAAUGCACCUAGAAACUUAUCUGCUAUUAGUUCUGGAUCAUUACACUUAUUGGUGCAUGUGUCCUUGACCAAGCUGCAUAAGCAGCUGCGUCGACGACAGAUCUAUUCUAAGAUGCACACAUGCAAGAAUUACGACAUAUUCUUAAACCUUUCAUUUAUGCCAUCAUCGUCAAAUGACUUGAAGACUAUGAAGAAUGAAUCAAUCUGGUUGCCGAUAAAAUUUUUGUGCGCAUUUCAGGGUUUCAGCUGGUGUUAAAUUUGAUGAUUCACCGUUCAGCAACAGCGCUGUAACUGUCAGCUAAAGAAUGGCAACGCGACUGAUUCUGACACAAGUCACCGUGCGAUGGAAGUAUUUUGGACUUAGUCUGUUAAAUGCCGUUGUAUGAAUGGUUCGAGGCGAUUUAUAUUAGUGAUGAACACGACUCUAGUAAAUUGAUAUCUUUUGAGGUAGGUAAUAUCUGGGAUGUACAAAUUUAAUAAAAAUAAUGAGUCUGUUAAAUGCCGUUGUAUGAAUGGUUCGAGGCGAUUUAUAUUAGUGAUGAACACAACUCUAGUAAAUUGAUGAUAUCUUUUGAGGUAAAUAAUAUCUGGGAAAUACAAAUUCAAUGAAAAUAAUGAAGUGUCUCGCAAUAUAUUAUUUGUACCGAUGUAAGCUCUUAUGCAUUACUUAACAAUAGAUUUGCCUGACUAAAUUACACUUGACUUUUAAGGUAUUACUUGAUACUUUAUUAUAAAGUCGUGGCUGUACCUUUCUAAUUCGCUAUUUUCUCGCAUGAAGAAUGUAGCGUUUGAAAUAACAUGUCUCAAUAAUGAGAACAUUCUAUCUGUGUUGAGUUACAUGUCCAUUACUAUCGCUUUGCUUUCAAUAUACUGGCUACUUACCUCA